CACUCGUCUCAGUGGCAACCACACGCGCUUCCAUGUGCUGCACUACAAAAUGUCCUGAAUUUGUAGUGAACGUGCCGAAUCCUCGUCACGCGAAAAGUGUUGCGAUUGUCGUGUGAAAAUGGGUGGAAGGAGGACACCAGAGUACGAGGAGGAACUUUGUGGCCCAAAAGAGGAGAAGGAGCCACAAGGUCAACUACUGGACGCUGUGUUCAAUCUGCACCCUCGAAUUGUCCUCUGCAGAGUGGACAUCAAGGAAGAUCUUCAUCCUGAGCAGCUGAAACCAGAGUCCCCUUACAUCAAGGAGGAAGAGGAGGACGAAGAGGUUCAUCAUAUAAAAGAGGAAGAAGAGCUGGCGCGCCCUCACAUUAAAGAUGAGAAAGCAUUCUUCCACAGUAAAGAAGAAGAGCGGGAGGAAAUCAUCAAGUUUCCAUCGACUGGUGUCCCUUUGAAGAGCGAAGAUGAAGGUCAAAAUGAGGAGAGCAGAGGACCGGAGCCUCCAAGCGGCUCAAGUCAAGACAUGACAACAGAAGAUGAUGGAGACCACUGUGGAGUAUCUCAAGCCGACGACCUCUUUGGUCCACCAUCAGAUAGUGACGAUAUGACGUCACACACUCCUCACACUGAUGAUGAUGAGGAACAGUUUGAAGGUCACUCUGACAACAAACGCUCACAUUUGAAACAACACAUGAGAAAGCAAACUGGAGAAAAAUGUUUUGACUGCUCAAUGUGCAGUCAAAGAUUCUCGAGGAAGGGAACCUUAAAAGGUCACACAAGAACACACACAGGUGAGAAACCUUUUGUCUGCUCAGUUUGUGGUAAAAAAUUUGCUCAAAGAAAGAAUUUGACAGCACAUACAAAAACACACACUGGGGAGAAACCUUUUUCCUGCACAGUUUGUGGUCAGAAAUUUUCUCAAAGACAUCAUUUGACAACUCAUACAAGAACACACACUGGUGAGAAACCUUUUGCUUGCUCAGUUUGCGGUCGAAGAUUUUCUCAUAGUAGUCAUUUAACAACUCACACAAGAACCCACACUGGAGAAAAACCUUUUGCCUGCUCAGUGUGUGGUCAAAGAUUCUCCGCGAAUGGAACCUUAAAAAUUCACACAAGAACACACACUGGAGAGAAACCUUUUGCCUGCUCAGUUUGCAGUCAAAGAUUCGCUCAUAGCAGCCAUUUAACAACGCACACACGAACCCACACUGGAGAGAAACCGUUUGCCUGCUCAAUUUGCAGUCAGCGGUUCUCUCGGAAGGGAACCCUAAAAUAUCACACAAGAACACACACAGGUAAGAAGACUUUUUCCUGCUUAGUUUGUGGUCAAACAUUUUCUCAAGUAACCAAGUUGAUAAAACAUACAAAAAUACACCCUGGGGAGAAACCGUUUUCCUGCUCCGUUUGCGGUCGAAGAUUCGCUCAAAGCAGUUAUUUAUCAACACACACAAGAACCCACACUGGAGAGAAACCUUUUGCCUGCUCAGUUUGUGGGCAAAGCUUCUCUGAGAAUGGAACCUUAAAAGUUCACACAAGAACACACACGGGCGAGAAACCUUUUGCCUGCUCAGUUUGUGGUCGAAGAUUUGCUCAUCGCAGUCAUUUAACAACACACACAAGAACCCACACAGGAGAGAAACCUUUUUCCUGCUCAGUUUGUAAUCAACGAUUCUCUCGGAAGGGAACCCUAAAAUAUCACACAAGAACACACAGAGGUCAGAAAGCUUUUUCCUGUUCAGUUUGUGGUCAAACAUUUGCUCAAAGAAUACAUUUGACAACGCACACAAGAACACACACUGGGUAAAAACAAUGUGUCUGCUCAGUUCGUAAUUAAAGAUUCUCUGAGAAGGGAUCCUGAAAAAAAAAAUCACACAAGAAUACAUGCUGGGGGGAGACAAACCUUUUUCCUCCUCAGUAUGUGGUCAAAGAUUUUCUUGGGAGGAUAGGUUUAAAAGACACAAGUGUGUUGGUGAGAAAAAGCAAUGCUCAAGGAAGAUUUUGCCUUUAAUCUGAGCAGGCUUCAUGAAUUCUUGCACCAAGGCUCGAUCGGACAGCUCUAGCUCGAUCAUGUGCAAUGUCUGCAAAGACAACCAAAAUAGUACAGUUUCGAUCGAUUCAAUGUCCUGAGAAUGAAUUGACCUGAUCACAUCUGGACAACACAUUGCCACUCCUACUAGCCACUCUGCCAGGUUGAAUGUUGUACACAGUAUGUAAAUUUAAUUGUAGUUUCUAGCAAACGGCGUCUGAUAUAAUAAACCAGGCCCAUUUAACUACUGGCCCAUUUGAAAUUUGAGAUGAGCUGCCAGACUUUCAUAUUUUACUUUGGUGUAACGGUGAUCAUUAAAAAAAAUGGCAAUACAAAAGUGCAUAUGAUGACAAGUUUGUCCAAGUGGACUAGCCGUAAAUUGCUGCUUGUGCAUGUCCACAAAGGAUCUAUACUGACCCACACUAAAAUCCAAACAUCAGGAAACACACUAAGCAUGAACAGACGACAGCACUACAAACGUUUGUAAACAAGACGGGCUUCAAAAUGUCUCUCUCAAAGCCGCAUAAAUGCAAAGUGGAUCUUGAAAAACCGGCAAUUCGAGACCCAGUGGGCUGACAAGUAUUUAUUUUGUCUGCCAUGUCCAACAAGCAUUAAAGCAGUGUGUUUACUGUGCAAUGAGAACAUUGAUGUGAUGAAGGAAUAUACAGUAGUGUGAAGCGGCACCACUGCACGACUUGUCUCAAAUUUCUUCGCUCGUGGAAUUAACGUCCAAACGGAGUCAGGUGGUAAUUGGUCGCUUUUUGUGCAGAGCAAGAUAGAGCCGCGACAGCAUCCCCGCGUGUAUCAUGGAAUCUAACCAUGUACAGUCAUUGAUGGAGUGAUUGUUGACAACAAAACAAAGCAGCUUGUUACUCAAGCUAUUAAAAAAAUUGCUCUCUCUGACACAACAACUCUUUGCAGAGUGGAACUAAAUGCAAACGAUGUUUCAGGAAAGCUUGCACAAGACCUGGGAAAAGCUGAAUUUUUGUCUUGCUGUGGACGAAUCAACUUAUUGGACAAACAUGGCCCAGCUAAAGUGUCAUGCUAAAAUGCAGGUUGUUUAUUUUUCUAUCCUACAGUAUUCAAUUUUCUAUUUGAAAAAAGACUCACAAGUCUGAUAUGUGUGGUGGUUCUUUAAAAGUAGAUCACCUGGGAGGCAUGUUGAAAGUAAGUAAAAGUGGAAACUACUUAAGGAAACACAAACAGGUCUGAGGAGUUCCUGUUUUAUAUGGCUGAGGCCAAAAGAAAAAAAAGGAAAGAAGUUUAUUAAAGGCUUAAUUUCAUAUAAAAGGAGCACAACCUUACACACCUUAUCUGAGUGGAAAAUUUAAUAAUGACCUGUAGAGUUCAACAUUUAUGUAGUCUUGUUUUAAGUGUGCACAGGGGUCAUUAACAUCUAAAAGGGUUGUAGAUCUAGUACUUAAGCUAUAUUUAAUUAUAUUAUUUACAUCAUUUACAUCUAGAAAGGUUGUAUUGCUAGUGCUUUAAUCUCGCUUGAAUCAUAUUAAACCUAUUUAUCCAACACAAAAUUGGGUCUUGUGAAAUGCUGAGUAGCUCGUAACUCUGGGAAACCACUUGCCACAGUGGCUGGUGAGCAACGUGUUCAUCUCAAGCCCUGGACCUGAUGAAAGAGAAUAUUCACAUCAGCAUGAUGUUUAAUCUUGAAACUUAUGAAUGUGGCUCUGAUUUUAAAUCUACAUUCUAUAUGUACCCUCAUAACGUCUUCUUGUGAACCAGUGUUUACAAUGAGCACUCCUGCUUAAACACUUUUCAGCAUUUCAUCUGCUUUGUCCAAUGUUUUUGUGAUGUGCAUAUCAAACAAGCAAAUGAUUGCUUGAAAUGAACUGUGAGGAAACUGACUCUGUCGGUAAGAUGGAAAACUGCGUUUUGUAAUGUAAUAUAUUAUGUAAUAUAUCACACUGUACAGUUUCUCAUCUAUGUAUUUGUAUUUGCUUUUAUUUGGCUUUGUUUUACUGUUGUUUCUGCUCCCACGUCAGCCUUGCAAAUGAGAAUCUGUUCCCAAUUGCUUUGCCGCAGUUGUUUGUAGAUAUUGUAUAUUGCUUGUUUGCCAAUAAAGUUCUCUUUGUUCGACAA